AUGGUGAUGGUGAUGGUGGGAGACACGGAAAAGAUGAUAGCGGUAGGCCUGGUCUGGGGAGCCACCAACGCCUUCAUGCGCCGCGGCGCAGUCAUAUGGGACCGAGCCCUUAAAUCCUCUCCUCCACCCGAUCCCACCCGCAAAACCCUUCAUCGGUUGCGUACCUCAAUCGGCAACUGGGUCAAGCUCCUCGCCAUCUGGCAGUACAUCAUUCCCUUCCUCAUCAACCUCUCUGCCUCCGCCACUUUCUUUGCGAUUCUGAGUCACACCCCAAUCUCGCUGGCCGUGCCCGUCACCAACGCCACCACAUUCGCCGCCACCGCCGUAUUCGGCGUGAUCUUGGGGGAACGCACUCACCUGGGUUUUGCUUUCUUUGGUACGAUUUUGAUUGUUUUGGGUGUUUGGCUUUGUAUUUCGUAGCCAACCAGCCAGCCAUUUCUCCUGUGAAUCUCGUCUCGUAAUCAUAGAUCAUGUGCUGACUUCUCACCCAAUUCAGCUGACCCUUCUGAGCAUUGCUCAACUGCUUGUAAACAGGGGAAGUCCACCAGUUUCCUGGGGUAUUAGAGGCACAUUGGCCAAUGCUCACAGGUCCAUUCCACUUGCAGGCCUUUCCUCUGAAUCGGCGGAACCUAGCUGUGAAUGGCGAGUUGUUCCAGUCUAUCUUCACCAAGCCACCUCUGGUUGCCCAAUUAUCUGCAUUCCAUAAGCUUGUGUGAACCUUCAUCCCUUGCUUGUUGGGGUAUGCAAUGCCCUGAUUUUCAUAGUUUCGAAAAACUCGAAUUGGCAAACUAUCAACGUACCACCUGAUAUUUCAACCUUAAAGUUUAGUGUUUGUUUUGUUUGUUUACUAUAAACUGUUAAGUAUUUUGUGUUUUACUUUUUUUAAAACUUACACAAUCUCAGUAGGGUUCCAAUGAAUGGUGUAGUUGUGGAAAUCAGCUGUUGGAUCAAACCAGGGGUAGAAUUGCUGCUCCUUGCUUCCUUUGCCUUGUGUGUAGAGGUUUGUGUGGAUAAUGUAAGGUUGUCCCGAGACGUUUCCUAAGAACUCGAAAUCGAUCUCGUCAUGUUUGUCACCACUAGAGGUUAGCUGCAGAAAAAAAUUAGUACAAAAGAAUUAGAUUUAGACCCCUUUCACAUUUUUUCAGUUUAUAUGUACGUAUUAUGAACUUGAUAAUAUGUUAUGCUCAUAAACUUACAUAGUAGGCUGUAACAGUUCCUGCAGAAUUUCCAGGUACCAACUUGAUGAGCAUUUCAAUGCUACCAAAUAAGAAACCUCUCUUUGAUUGAGCAGCAGACCCUGGAAACCAAAACUUAAAAUUCAUACACAUAAUACAAUAGUAUAUUAUAUUAUUUCUUGUGUAAUGCCAUUAUCAUAUCAUUAAUGUAAGAGAAUAAUUACCUGAAG